AUGAGUUAUGCAAUUGCUUCUCAUAACAUCGAUUUUGUUACUUUCUUGAUGAACGAAUACAACUUAAAAAUAGACAUUACGGAUUGUAUUUAUUAUAAAAAUCUUCAAGCAUUUUUAGUUUAUUUGGACAAGCUAAAUGAUGUCAACAAAUGCGUUGUAGAAUCAGUACAUUUCAACAUAUUAUCUCUUUGUGAAUUCUUUAUCACGCAUGGCGGAGAUGUCAAUGGAAAAGAUGCAGAAGGAUCGAUUGCCCUUCAUAUUUCUGCGAAAGAUAAUAAAAUUGAUUUUGUUAAUAUGCUUCUUUCACAUGGCGCAAAUGUAAAUGCCAAAAAUAACUAUGGAUCUUCUGCUCUUCAUUAUGCAGUUUAUAGUAAUAGUUUAGAGAUAAUUGAAGCUCUAAUAUCACAUGGUGCUGAAGUAAAUAUUCAAAAUGAUUAUGUACAAACUCCUUUUGUAUUUGCCACUAAUGAAGAAAUUAAGAAUUAUCUCAAAUCACAUGGCGCGAAAGAAAAUAAACAAAAUUAA